AUGGAUUCAAACAAUACGGAAGAUUCAACACUGUUUCCUUUUCAAACCAACAUGACACUCACUACAGCGCCGUCAAACAAUCAGGUUGUGUUAGAACAUAGCUUGUCGUGCCUGCAGAACGUCUCAGAACAAUACAAGGAUUUUUACCUGACCGCCCAGUACGUCACCGGACUUGUCGUCUAUCCCAUCUCCUGUAUCGUCGGCAUCACCACAAACAUCCUGGCCUUAGCGGUAUUCCAGCACAGAGAUAUGAGAACCUCAACCAACGUCUACCUCCUGUUUCUAGCUGUGUCAGACACCAUCAAGCUCUUCAAUGACCUCAUGUAUUUCAUCAUAGUUGCCGUGUCGUUGACGAACCCAACCUUGUCGCAGAUGAUGAUGAGCACAAUGUACCCAAUUGCCCAUUAUAUUUUCAACAUGUCGGUCUGUGUGACCUCCUGGUUAACUGUCAGCGUGGCUGUGGAGAGGUUCAUCUCUGUUUGCUACGCUUCCAGAGCUAGAGAGCUCUGCACCAUCCCUCGAGCCAGAUGCACCUGCACAUUCGUGUUCAUCUUCAUGAGCGUGCUGGCCGUACCAUCUGCGUUAAGAUAUGAGAUGCGAACCGUUUUUGACCGCAGAUUCAACACAUCAUGUGUCCUCAUUGUCCCUACAGCCCUGGGUAAGAACGCCGCUUUUAUAAUUCCUUAUUCGUGGAUUCUCAACUCCUCUAGGGGCAUCAUUCCUGUUUUUAUUCUCAUCGUUCUCAAUGCUAAAAUCAUAAACGAGCUACGCAAAGAGCGCGUAAAGGGAAAAACAUUUUCGGCUCGAAACAGAAUAACACUUAUGCUGAUAGUGAUUGUAUUCAUGUUUCUCGUCUGCAUCACCCCCGACGCCAUUAUGUCGACCUUCUUUGGCAAAGGCUAUGUGGAGGAGAACUAUCUGGUGAAGGGGAUCCGGGAGAUCACAGACACGCUGUUGGCGGUCAACUCUGCAUCUAGUUUCUUCCUCUAUGUAACCAUGAGUUCGGUGUUUAGAACCACCUUCAUGAAGAUGUUCUGUCGACUCCAGCAGCCCUUGUUAGAGCAAGAAGUGCGGCUUACAGCCGUGCUUCCAGACACAUGA